AUGGAGACUCGCUACAACCUCAAAAGCCCCGGUGAGUUGUGGGGAAGGGGCGGGGGGAGAAUUGCGAAGGCUUCAUCUUUUUUUUUUAAGGGAGGGGGUCCAAGACGGUCCUUUCGUGGCCUUCCCUGGGAGAUGGCACUGCGGGGGUUGGGAUCCACCAUCACGCGAGCCCCUGGUUCGGAUGCUCGGCUAGGCCAAGGCCCCCGGCUUUCUCCCCGGCCUCUUCUGCCCGCUGCCGCAAAGUGCCUGGCAGCAGGAGGGGGGAAGUAAUUUUGCUUUAUGUAUUGUUAUGGUUAUGGCCCCUCAGUGGGUGCUGCCCUUGCGCUUCUUCGGCGAUGCUUCAGCCCAAGGGAGACGUUUCUCUCGCCUCCUUCAGUUUCGAUUCCCCAAGAGGGUGACGAGGAGACGGCUUGGAAAACAGAGGUUAUUCGUGUCACUGGGGUGGAGGGAGGGUUGUUGUUGUUGUUUUGUCUUUCAGUUGCUGGGGGUUGGGGGGGCAUUCCUGCCCCAGUCCAGAGCUCCCCACCCCCAGCUCAUCUCUUGUGGCUCCAUAAGAAUCUUCUGCGUCUAUUUUGGAUCAAGCAUAUUUCCGGUUCUUCUGGCACACGUGUACCUAACACUCAUCUCCAUAUAAGCUUGCAGUGUGUGUGUGUGUGUGUGUGUGUGUGUGUUCUUGCCUGAAGGAUGCUUGUUCUUAAAUUAUUAUUUUUUAAAUCGGGGGAUGGGGCAGGAAAAAACUCCACACCAUCACACUGUCAGUUCACAUGACCAAAUUGGUAUGCAGGUUGAGUUGCUCUGUUUGUCUUAUGGUACAUAUACAGGAAGCUGUCUUCUACUGAGUCAGAACAUUGGUCCCAUCUAGCUCAGCAGUAUCUACACUGACUGGCAACUGCUCUGCCAGAUUUCAAACAGGGGCCUCUCCCAUCCCUACCUAGGGAUCUUAGGGAUUGAACCAGGGACCUUCUCUGUGCAAAGGAGAUGCUAGUCUGUUUAGUUACAGCCCUUAUCUUAAAGUGGUGAAAGGUGUUUAACUCUAGCUGCAUACACAACACAUGUAUAGCACAUUCUCUCCCUGCUCCCCGCCAAAAUCCUAGGAACUGUAGUUCAUUAAGGGUGCUAAGAAUGACAGCUCUCUGAGGUAUGUACACAGCCUCAGUUCUCAUCAGUAAUUCUGCCAGUGCAGUGUUAUGAAAAGCUGUUUGAGCAGAGACAUGGUAAAUGAACACCUGAAGAAACAAUCACAAGAUCACUUAAGUAUGUGGCAACCACUAUAGUCACAAUUCAUGUGAUAAUGUGGAAUUUGGUCAGAUUCCAGCAGUGGUUGCCAGCCUUUUUGAGCCUGUGGACACAUUUGCUGACUAGAGAAACUGUUAUGGGCACCACACAUGCACCACAACCAUACACAAACAUGUGCACUCAUACUAUGCCCACCCCAUCCCACCCCCGACAGCAAUUAGGCUUGAAAAAAUGUUUUAACUCCCCCUUCCUCUGUCUAAUUGGGGGGAGGCAAUCUUCCUAGAGAGUGCAGCUGGCAAGGCAAGAGUUAAUUGUCCCUCCCCAGCUUCAAGAUCAUGCCCAGUCAAGUCAUGACUAGACUUGAAAAAGGCAUUCUGUUGACUAUAAUAGAAUAUAUAUUUCAAGUGAAAUUGCAACAGGGAUGGGGAUUUAGCAUGGGGGUCCAUACUUGUGGAGGGUUAAUUCUUCUUUCCCCAAUUAUAAAGGCCCCCCAAUAAGAAAAAUAUGGUGGGGGAACCUGGACCUUGUAGGCACCAGCAAAGGCUUCUGCAGGUGCACCCAUGAGUUCAAUGAUGGUGACUCAUGCUCUAGUGUAUUACAUAAUGGAUACAUUGUGAAUACUGAAGCUCCACACAAUGGACACAACUAAUUGCAACCUGGAAAGUGGCCAUUUUGAAACUUUAUUUAUGUACUUCUAGUACAAGAUCGAGUACAUUUUGAUUUGCUAAAUAUUACCUGGCCAACAUGGAAGUGGGAAGAUUUUGAGUUGAAAACCAUCCAGAGGGAAAGAGAGAUGAACCUCCUAUAUCCAGCCACUUGUUUGUCUUUCCCUUAAAUUGCAGCCUUUAUGACUGUAUUUUGUUAUAGAAAAAACUGCAAGGCCAAUGUGACCAAACAUCACAUGCAGUUUGGCUACUGGGCCUUUUGAGCUUGUGGUAGCUGAGGCUUUGGUUAGUAUGUCUUUGGCUUCCCUGCCAUAGGCUCAUACUCUCAUAUGAAAAGCUGCUGCUCAGCAUGUGCUGAGCUCAGAACUGAUUAGCUUUUGUACUCAAUGCCCACUGUGAUUUUUAAGACUAUUUGUGCCUGCAUGGAAAUAGCUGAUAUAGACUGAGCUUAGCAGCUGCCAGAUUUCACAUGAACCUUUGAGCCAAGGUGGUGGUAGGUUCUUGCUAGUCUCAUUGAAAGAAAAAAUUAUAUGCUGCUACCAUAGGCCUAGAAGAUUGUUUCAAAUGAACCCUCUGUUUGCAUAUCCUUUAUGCACUCGCUGCCUUCAGUGUAUCCAGCACUUUAUGAAGUAUGUUGCAAGGAAGUCUGCAGUCACACAGUUCUCAAAAGUUAUCAGAACACCAACAAUUUGUGGUAGCGUGGAGGACCACAAAGCUAGCUUAAAUCAUGAUGCUUUCUGGGUGACAAAUGAAUGCAUUUGAGACAUACCUGAAAAUGUAGUGGCAUUUUGUAUCUGAAAUGGGUUUUUAAUGUUUAGUAUACCAGAGGUAGGGAACCUUGACUGACUUAAGGUCAUUACUUUCAGUGGGUCUACUGUGGAUAAUACGUGAUUGGAUGCAACAUUCUGGUGUCCGGAGGACAGUGAGUGUUGCUAGAUGCAAGAGUGGGCAAAGCAAGGGGUGUGAUUCUUAACUUUGUACAGUAGGCUGCAUUCCAUUCACAAAACAGAAAUUUCUACUCAUGCAACUCUCCUCAUCCUUCAUCCAGGCAUGAGGCAGUAUCACAGCUCACAGACACAUUCCAGCCAUGCGAAAGCUCUCAAGGAGAGUGCAGAGCAGUGGUGACUGUGACCUGGGGAGAGUCCUGAGAACUGGACAGAGAGGCCUGGUGGGUCACAUUCAGCCUCUUGCCAGAAAUGUUGGAAGUACCUAAGUACAAUUUUUUAAAAAAGCGAACCCUUCUGCAAUACAGCCUUCACAACCAGUGCUCAUUCCUCUACAUGGUUCUCUGCAUUUAAUAUACCCUACACAGUUACCAAGGAAUAAGUCCUGCACUGAAGGCAGCCCUGUUUAGGAAAGCUUUUAAUGUUUAACAGACUAUUGUAUUUUAAUAUUUUGUUGGAAGCUGCCCAGAGUGGCUGGGGAAACCCAGCCAGAUGGGUGGGGUAUAAAUAAUUUAUUUUUAUUAUUAUUAUUAUUAUUAUUAUUAAACAGUUAAUUCUGAGUAAUUGCACAGAGGAUUCCUUUUUGACUAGCUCUAGAGUAGACACUAUACAGAGUAGAAUGCAAAGUUGCAUUCUUGUCCUUCACAGUUCAGAUGUGAUUAGGCACAUCACUUUUCAUACAUAUAGAUUACUUUUUAAAGGGUAGCUCAGUGCAAAUAUCUUCCUUGCCCCUGGAAAUUAAUUGGAAUUGUUCUCUUCCCCUGUAUACUCAACUCAGUCAAGGUAGGACAGAAGAAUGAAAGAAUGGAACAUUUCAAGGGAGAUGCAAGAAUAGAGACAAAGAGUAGACAUAAUUUUUUUAAAGCUGAAUAUAAAUUUCAUGCCUGCAAGUCAUAAGAGUAUUAGUCAAAGUCACUAUUGAAUAAAUGUAUUUUAGGAUUAUUUUGCAGAUUUAUAGAAAUAUGUUUACUAUACUUUGUUUCAGGCUUAAGAUGGUGAUAAAGGAAGAUAUUGCAGACUUAAUUAGAUUAGAACUAUAUUAGGUUACACUGAACCCUGCUGGGACAAAGAAGCAAUAAAUUAUGGCAGGCACUUUGGAAAUACAAAACUGCACUUAAAUCUUGCUCACUAAUCUCUUCAGAGACAGAAAUGAGAAAUGAGAAGCAAAGAAAAAUAAUAAGAAUAAUAAGAAAGAAUAAUAAGAAAUUUGUCUCUGUUUAUACAUAUACACUGCAUUAAACAGUCUGAUAGGUAAAUGGCCCAAUGCUUGCUUAAGAUUUUUUUCUCUCCACAAGAAUGAUAAAAGUAUUAUUUACUGCGUAUUUUUAAAAUCACCAUACUGUUUUGGCAUUGCGGGCAUGUCAUCUGCUACAGGGGUCUAAAGGUAAAGGGACCCCUGACAGUUAAGUCCAGUUGCAAAUGACUCUGGGAUUGCGGCGCUCGUCUUGCUUUACAGGCCAAGGUAGCCGGCGUUUGUCCGCUCCGCAGACAGUUUUUCCGGGUCAUGUGGCCAGCAUUACUAAGCCGCUUCUGGCGCAACAGAACACCAACACCAGAGCAGUGCACAGAAACGUCCUUCAUCUUCCCACUGGAGCGGUACCUAUUAAUCUACUUGCACUUUUUGCCAUGCUUUUGAACUGCUAAGUUGGCAGGAGCUGGGACCGAGCAACGGGAGCUCACCCCAUCGUGGGGAUUUGAACCGCCAACCUUUGGAUUGGCAAGCCCAAGGCUCAGUGGUUGAGACCACAGCGCCACCAGCAUCUAGGGAUCUAGGGUGCAGCUAAAACUGCAGUCCAUCCUGAUAGGGUCCUUUUAAUCAAAUGCUUGCCAAUGGUUGGAGAUAAAAGUACUCCAGUGAAAUAUAAUAAUGACCACUACCGAAAUUUGUUUUCAAAGGAUUGUGCCUGAGUCUUUAUAUUUGUUUAAUGUACCGUAUAAUUUUAGGUGGCCUGUUAAAAUUUCACAUUUUGUAAUCUAUAAAAUGAAGGUGGGAGUGUUUUUAAUCCAGUAGGUGGCAGCCUCCCCUCUGAGGUGAAGUGACGUUCUGAUGUUAGCAGUCCAACUUACAUAAAUUGUGAAAAGCAAAACAGUUCAUCAGUAUUGCUCAGAAGCUCUUGUCCUUGCCUUGCAACUUCUUUUGCCCUUGCAAAGCCUUCUUCUUGCCCUUGCCAUUUCAAAAAUUACUAUAUUAGAAAUGUUAUUAUAUACACUUGUUUUAGUAGUAACUGAGUCUGGUGAAUUGCAUACUAAAUCAGUGGUGCAUGUCUACAUGAAUAUGUGUUUGAAACAGGGGCAUUAAAUUAGAAUCAAGAUAAAUCUGAUGGAUAAUUAUGGUUAAGAUCCAUACAACUUAGUUUGGUGUUCUAUGCUUCCAUCAGAUUUUUUUUCAGGCCUCUUAUUGCAGCCCCUCAUUCCCACCCCUUUCGCUGAAAAGCUGCUGCUGAAGGUCAGCCAUUUGGCAUAACAUUUGAACUCAGACUAAAGGCGAUAUCAACAAUCCCUUUAUGCAUAGAUCCUCUUUAAGCACAUGGCUUUUUAGAUCCCAGACAAUUGCUUUGUUUUCUGUCACUUUGUACUGGAUAUGUAACCUACUUUGAUUUUACAAAUGUACUUGGAAGCACCUUUCUCCUAAAAAAAAUAAAAAAAAAUCUUGCUUUGAGAUACAUACAAAUAUAUUUACUGAAAUAACAAACCUUCACAUUUCUUCAGUUUUUCUCCUUUUUCAGAUGGGUGACUGGACUUCAAAACACCUAUUCUGUCUUACUGUCUUUUAAUUGAUAUAUUCUAUAAUUUCUUGCUAUAUUAAAACUUCAUGUCUUGUUUUGCUGCUCCCUUUUCCACCCCAGCCAUCCCAAAGCAGCUGAGGCAGUAUCCUCCACCACCUUGGGAUGAGCGAGAGGCACGGGUGGGCUGCCUCUCCCUUGGGGAGAAAGAAGCAGCCCGUUCGUGCCUCUCCCCCCCGCCCCCGGUCCCGAGGCAGCAGAGGCAGUUUCUGCUGCUGCCUGGAGACAGGCAAGGGGGACUGGUGAGGCUCAGCUGGGGGGCAGGAGUGCUUCUUUGAGCCAUGUCACUCCCCAGCUGAGCAAGCCCCAUGUCCCACCAGCGUGCUCAAGCCGGAUAGACAUGGGGCUUGUUGAAGCAGAGGGAAGAACAAGGUGUAUUGUGUCUUGGCAAUGCAGCUUGUUUCUCCAUCUGCAACAGUAUGAGGGCAGACCAUGAUGUUGGUUUCACUCUGCGGUAUAUCGCUGGUGAAAGCACCACCUCUCCUGAAUACCUCCUCCCCUAAUACUGGUCCUGAGCAAUAUAUAGAUAUAUCGCCAAGGCCUAUCGGCUAUAAGUUUUUGAUACUGAAAUCACUUACUGUGUUUUUUUCUUUCUUUUCUUUUCUUUCAGCUGUAAAACGUUUAAUGAAAGAAGCUGCAGAACUGAAGGAUCCAACAGACCAUUAUCAUGCACAGCCCUUAGAGGUUAGCAUGUGGCCAUUCUGAUAAAUAAAUUCACAACAGCAAUGCUUACCUUGACCAGUCUCUCUUUCAUUGUAUUUGCAGUUAUUGUGAAAAGCACAUUGAGCUGGUUUGACUAUAACACUAAGCCCAAACCAUGACUUAGCAUGAAUAUGUGAGGGCUCCCAGAUCAUUGCCUCUGUUCUCCCCCAUCAUGUUCUCCUGUUGCUAUUAUAUUCAGUGUAUUUCUGUAUAUUUGGUUGCUUGUAGGACAAUCUUUUUGAGUGGCAUUUCACUGUCAGAGGUCCUCCAGAUUCAGAUUUUGAUGGUGGAGUUUAUCAUGGAAGAAUAGUACUACCACCAGAGUAUCCUAUGAAACCACCAAGUAUUAUUCUCUUAACGGUAAGAAUGUUUCUCAGCCAUUCAUAACAGCAUAAGCACUUGGUUAGAUCUACAUCAGAAAUUUGGUCACCUUAAACAAUAUUUUUAAAAAGGUGUAAGCAAAUAUAGACCCCUGGUUUUUUGGCCUUUCUCUUUGUAUCCAAUUAGGCUAACUGGAACUUCACUUCUAGACUUUAUGCAGGGAGCAUUAGUAAGGUCCCAAGAAAAAUGAAUUGUGUUCUGUUCUGAAGUCUGUGAGGCAUUUUGUUCAGGGUGUUUUGAGAAAUGGAAUGUUUUAAGUGAUUUGGAGAAGGCUAGGCAACAGUAGAAUAUCCUCAGUACCAUUCAGGAUUUUUCUCCUGUUUGUUUUGAGAGUUUUAAUAGUUACAUUAAAAAAAAAAAAUUAUGUCCACUAGUCUUCAAAACAUCACUACUGUUUUUUGUUCAGUUUACUGUAUAACUUAAUAUUUGAAGCUGUUUUUUAUUGCAUGCACCAAGAAGGCUACAUACAUCAAAACAAGAAAAAUGAUUUCCCUCCUUGUGUGAGGUGGGGUGGAUGUGUGCCUAAUUGUGUUUAGUUGCUAUGAUUAAUAACUGUAGGCUAGGACUGGAUUGCCUUGAUUCUGGUCAAUAAAUUAAUCUGGAGGAGCAUUUUGAUGUGACUUAGAGCAGCCUAUGUGACUGCAGUUAGUUUCAUCAAUCUUUGAGAAUACUCUGUUCUUUGAGCACGACUAAACCAAUUCUGCUAUAGCUGAGACAUCAAGUUUCUUUUCAGUAACAUUCAAUUACAGACUGCUGACUGUACAAUUGUACGGUAUUCCAAAGAUACUGUACUCUCUUCAAGCUAGUUGAAUCUUGACUUAUGAAAAUGGUUUGAUUUACAUAGUAUUAUUUUUCUUUAUCUUUCUUAUGUGCCCAUUUAAGGCUAAUGGCAGGUUUGAAGUGGGAAAGAAAAUUUGCUUAAGCAUCUCAGGGCAUCAUCCUGAAACAUGGCAACCAUCAUGGAGCAGUAAGUAUCAGCUAUUGUUGGCAGUAAAGGGCCUCAAUACACAAGUACAGUGUUACCUCGGUUUAAGAACAGUCCUGUUUACCUGUUUAUGAACGAUUUGGUUUACAAGUUCCGCAAAACCAGAAGUAGUGCCCUGGUUUGUGAACUUUCACCUUGGUCUAAGAACAGAAUCUGUAUGGUGGAAGGUAGCAGUGGGAGGCCACAUUAGGGAAAGCACACCUCGGUUUAAGAAUGGUUUCGGUUUAAGAAAGGACUUCUGGAACGGAUUAAGUUCGUAAACCGAGGUACCACUGUAAGAUCGCUGUGCUACAUUCAACAGCAGAUCUUUCCUUUUAAAUGUUAUGUGACAUUCCUGCUUCUCUUCAGGCAUGUGUUGGACACUGGGGGCAGGAUUUAAUAUAUUUUGCAUUACCUUGGGCUUAUUUUUUUUAAAUUACCUGUUAUAAAUUUGUACGUUAAGUAGUUUUCUCCCCCUCCCCUAUUUAGUACUUAACCUGCACCCCUCUUCUUUUUUGAUCACAGUAAGAACUGCAUUGCUUGCUAUUAUUGGAUUUAUGCCAACGAAAGGGGAGGGAGCCAUAGGGUCUCUAGACUAUACCCCUGAGGAAAGAAGAGCACUUGCUAAGAAGUAAGGGUUUGUUUUUGUUUUUGUGACUAUUUUUUUUUUAUGUUGAAUCUUAUUUCUGAAUGUUAUUCCUAUGUUCCUCUUCAGUUGGCUAGGUAAAUCAUAUUAUUUGCUCAGUGCAUAAUGCUCAGUAUGUUACAUUGCAUUCAUAAGCAUAUUUACUCAGAAGUUUGUCCCACUUUGCUCAGGAUGGUCACCUUCAUUUAUUUUGUGCACUCUGUUCUUAGCUUAGAGGACAAUCCGAUGAAUGCUUACACUGAACAUCUGGAUUUGCCUCUGAAUAAACAUGCAAAGGAUCAGGUGUCAGCUAUUCUUAUUUUUGCAUGUUCUGUAUUAAAUAAAUACUUAAGAGGAAAACAUUUAGUCACUUGUGUUUGUUUACUUACCACAAACAUGUUAUUGUCAAGAAGGCACCGUGGAGCUAAUAGAUGGCAAAAUUUAAUAGCAAUUGUGCUGGUAGAUCUAUGGCGGACGUUAUAAUUUCAUACAUGUGUACAUUCAUUAAGAAUGUUGGAUAUUUUGAUCACUCUUGGUGGUUUAAUUAAAUUAGUGUAUAAACUUUUGUUACAUUCCAGGUCUCAAGAUUUCUAUUGUGAAGGAUGUGGAUCACUUAUGAAGGAAGCCCUCUUGCCAUUAACAUCUGGAAGUGCUUCAAGCCAAGCUGACAAAGAGGCUAAGGAACUUGCCAGGCAAAUUAGUUUCAAGGUUGUUUAACUAUUUGCUGUCCAUCCGUCCGUCCCCCAGUUAAUUUGAAUAGGACCAUACCUAGAGUAGGUUGGUUGGUGCAGCUAGCCAGGUCACAGUUCACUUGGAAAGAAUGGAGGCAGCAGUAGUUGCUUGAUUAUGUGGUGGGUUGGUCAUGCUGCUGUAUUUAUGGCUUCACAGUUUCUUCUGUGGGUUUCAGAAUUAUUGGUUGUACUGUGCUUUGGCAACCAAAUGAUGUAAGCAUCGCAGCUGAGGUCCAGAAUUUCAGGCAUAAAUUGAGAAGACACUUGCCCUGGAAAUAACAUUGCACAUAAUGUGUGUGCACUUGUUUAAUUACAGUUGAAUAAAUAAUGCUAGAGAAGAUGCAUUCUAUAACAUGCCUGAUUAGAGUUUUUAACUGAUGUACCAUUUGUGCUGUUUUGUCCUUUUAAGGCUGAAGUUAACUCAUCUAGGAAAUCAGUUGCUGAACCUGCAGACUUAUCAGGAUUUAACCACUUGCCCAGUUCACCUGAACACCAACAAGAAAGUACAACUCCAGCAUUCCAGGACACCACCCCCAAUGAAGUGGUAGGUGUUUCAUAAAUCUGAGAAAAAUGAAGGCAAAGACUUGGAAAAUCCAAAUAAUAUUGAUAGGCUGUCACUUUAGAGCAUUUUUAAAAGCUUAUUAGCAUUCCAGGAAAACUACUAUUGCUGAAGUCCUGUCACCUUCCUUUACUCAUCUGUUGCCUUUUGUCACUGCAGAUUUACCUGAGAGUAAGUUCCUUUAAAUUCAAUGAGGUUUAUAUCUUGAUAGACAUAAGUAGGCUUUUACUGUGUAUGGCUUUUCAGAGCUGUUGGCCCAUAGAAAAUCCUUUUCAUCAGUUAUUUUAGUUCUGACCUUGCUUACUAUAUUAUUUUAACUUUUCUAUCAAAAUCCAAUUUAAACAUCUUUGUAAGCUAAGGAGAUAUAUAUAUAGAGAGAGAGAGAGAGAGAGAAUAUCCUGCCUUUUCGAAUCUAAAUGGUCCUUGUACAGAAGGUAAUUUAUUUGCAGCAGUGAUAUGGACUUGCCCCCAGAGCCACACUUGUUUUAUCCGUAAGCCUGAGAGACUUAUAUAAACCAAAGCAAAUAGAGGCCCUGCUCUUUAGUGAUUUGCAGCUUUUAUUCUAUUAAAUAUGCUUAUCAUGUUCCUUUUUGUUUAUAAUCUCUCAAGUAAAUUUGACUACAUAAAGGGCAGUAUUAAUUCUGACCAUUUUAAAUAAUUGUUUGCUUAAUUAUGACAUAUUAAUAUAGCCAAGAAGAGUGCUUAUAUAACCCAUCCACUUUGGAAGUAACUGAGGCCUGGUAUUGUGACAGGGCAGCUGCUUCUAUGACUGCUGUGGAUGCAAUCUAAAUUCACCGACAAAUUGUAGACAAAUCCCAGUUAAGCUUGUGUGUGUGUGGUGUGUGUGUGUGUUUUAAAGGUUGAUGGAGCUGCAGAUUGGUUUUUAAAAAUCCUGUCAAAUCGCGUCAGACCAUCUGUUGCUUGGUGAUGAGUAUUUUCCAGCUAUUUAGAAAUACAGGCAUGCUAAUAUUAUGCAGAUUUCCCCAACAAUUUCCCCUCUGUCAGAUUCUUACAAAGUUUGUGAUUUGAUUCCUGCCCCCCCUGCAAGUUUCAUAGUUCUUGAGUAUAUGGUUUGUCUUCUUAAGCAUAUCCAUUUCACUCACCAGUAAUAUUAAUUGUAUUUUGUGCUGAGAAGGGGGGAAAGUCAGUAAUAGUUUGAUUAACCUCACUUUAGAUGACUUUGUUUUCAUCUAGCAGCUCACUAGUUUUAUUCCAUUUGUUGGGUCAUCGGAAUGAGUGACACACAUAAAACAAACUUCCACACUUCACACUAUGUCAUGGUUCAUCACAGGGAUGAUCAUGUUGGACUCCAACUCCCAUCAGCCAGCAUGUUCAGUGGUCAAGAGAUUAUGGGUACAACAGGCUAGCCACUCUUGGUUUAGCACGACAUUCCAGUUCAUGCACAACCCUAAACCAGUGUGAUGUAGUGGGUAGAGGGUUGAUCUAGGAACUGGGUGAUCAGGGUUCAAAUCCCCUUUCACCCAUGAAACUCACUGGGCAGCCUCAGUGAAGUUGCCAAGCUGCAUUUUGUUUCCAUUCCAUUCUGUGUUCCAUUCCAUUCUAUUCUAUUAAAGCCAGAAUCUUUAUUUUUUUAGUCUGAAAAUCAGACCAACUCAGCCACCUCAAGUCAAGAACAACAUAACCAGCCUGCGUCAAAUAAUACUUCUAUGAGCCCUCGCCAGCGGCGCGCACAGCAGAGAAGGGUGCCGACUUCAACCAACUUCAAUCAGGUUCAGCAGCCAAGGGUCAACACAAACCACAUGGGCUCAAAUGCGCUGAUUCUCCUCCUUGUUUUAGCACUAGCAGCUCUUAUAUUUAGGCGUAUAUAUCUAGCCAAUGAGUAUAUAUUUGAAUUAUGA